CUUCUUUUUUUUUUGUAAAUAAUAAUUAUCCGUGCUGCUAUUCUUUUUGCAGCAAAGAAAAGAAACCCAUUGCAGUUUUAUAUGGAAGAAUAUACGGGGUUUUUUUUUUUCCAGAAAUAGUAGUAGUAGUAGUAGUGAGGGUGAUUAGAGGGAAUGGGGAGCAAAUGCAAUGGUGAGGAUGGUGGUGAGUGGGAGGACACUACUGCUGCUGCUAAUAGUAGUAGUAACAAGGAAGAAUUUGAGAAGAGGGUGUUGGAGACGGUGAAAGUAUGCGAGCAGAGGAAGGAGCCGCCGGCGGUUUGGGCAAUGGAAGUUGCCAAAUGCGUGGGCUCUUCGGGUCUAGGUUUCCCCUGUCCGGAGCUUGCCCACCUUCUCGUCUCUCAACUCUCUCUCUCCAACAACAACAAUAACUACCAACCCUCCCUCUGGAAGUUCCUCGACCAAGCCCUUUCCUCCGCCCUUCUCUCCCCACUCCAUGUUCUCGCCCUCCUCACUUCCAGGGUUAUUCCUCGUCGAUGGUCUCAGCCAGAGGCAUAUAGACUCUAUCUCGAACUUUUGAGCAGAUACGCGUUUUCAUUUGAUGGGCUUGGGACAGAUGGUUGUGGAAAGAAGAUAACAAAAUUUGUUGAUGCCGCCCUUCAGCUUUCCCAAACUUAUGGAAUUCAGGUUGUGGAAGUUGGACAUGCAGUGGUAUUGUGCUUCUUCAGCAUUGUUGUUGGCUUAAUUGAUAGCACGUUACGUGACUGGGGUUUGCACAUGACAUCUGUGGACAAAGAAACUGGAGUGGUUAGUAGUGAAGAUGGCAAGGACAUGGAUGUGGACUCUCAAGAAAGUCAAAUUUUCAGAAGAAAUGAACAUCGUGAACGCAUGAAGAAAUCAAAUUCUUUUAUGGCCUUUGAGGUGUUGGGGAAACUAACAGAAAACAGAAAGGCUACGGUUCUACUCCGCCUUGUUUACUUGAAUAUGCCCGAGAAGUUCGAUGGCCUCCUGCAGAGGAUGCAGUUUCUUGAAGCUCAUAAGCAAGCAUCCCCAAAUUUAAAGUCUGCAUAUCAGCUUUUGGUAAAAUUGUCAGCAAAUAUCCAGAGGGCUAUGGGUUUUCAAUACCAGCUACACAAGCACCAGCUCAUUGGGAAGCUUAUCGAUGUCAGAUCAUGUAAACCUGUACCUUUCUGCAAUUCUGUAUCUGGUUGGUUGGCUUGUUGGGUUCCUUUUGAUAUUUAUAUGGAGAACGCGAUGGACGGAAAGCAAUUUCCUGUUACGUCUGCUAUUGAUAUACUUACAGAAACGGUCAAAACACUCAAAGUUUUUAACAGGGCAAGCUGGCAAGAAACAUUCCUGGCUCUCUGGCUUUCAGGCCUUCGGCUCGUGCAACGAGAACGUGAUCCCCUGGAAGGGCCAGUUCCACAUCUUGAAUCCCGCCUUUGUGCCCUUUUGUCUAUCACCCCCUUGGCAAUUGCUCGUGUUCUGGAGGAUGAGCCAUCAUGUUCUUCUCUUCCAGGAUGUAAAGCAUCCAGGUAUAUGAAGUGUGGUUAUGGACAUGGAAUGGAUGGUGACCGUGCUUCAAGGAAACAGGGACUGAUAUCCUCCCUUCAGGUCCUUGGACUCUGUACUAUCCUAUUAUGCCCUCCCAAUUCGGUUGUUAAUGCAGCUAAUGAUGCAGCUGCUAAAGCGGCGAGCUUCAUCUCGAAUUCUCAGAAUGUGAAGGAUAGACUAAGUGGUGAUGGUUGCUGUGAUACUUCUUUAAAAGCAGGCGGUGACAUGAGGCACCUGAUAGUGGAAGCUUGUAUUGCAAGAAAGUUAAUUGACACAUCGGCAUACUUUUGGCCUGGUUAUGUCCCUACAUCAGCAACCUUAGUUCCCAAUCCAUCACCGCUGCAAAAGUCUCCUUGGUCAAUGUUCAUGGAAGGAGCUCGAUUAACCAAUCCCUUGAUAAAUGCCCUGAAGGCAACUCCUGCUUCAAGUUUCGCAGAGGUUGAGAAAUUGUACUAUACUGCUUUGAACGGAUUGGAAGAGGAGAAGACAGCUGCUGCAAAGAUAUUAUGUGGUGCAUCCCUCAGUCGUGGAUGGAAUAUUCAGGAGUAUGUGGUGCAGUUUGUCGUCAAGCUUCUUUGUCCUCCUGUACCCCCCAAUUUUACUGGAUCAAGGAGUCAUCUGGUUGAUUAUAUGUCCGUUCUGAGUGCAAUCCUUUUUGGGGCUUCCUCUUUUGAUACUGUUCAUAUUCUUUCUUUGCAUGGUGUGGUGCCUGAAGUUGCAGCUUCUCUAAUGCCACUGUGUGAGACUUUUGGGUCACUUGUACCAGAACCGACUCACUCAUCAAGAAUAGGUGAUGAAUCCUCAAUUUACAUGGUCUUUUCUUCUGCGUUUCUCUUUCUUCUUCGCCUGUGGAAGUUCUAUAGACCUCCCCUUGAGCCGUGUAUUACGGGGCGAGGAGGGGCGAUUGGAGGCGAGCUUCCACUUGAGUAUCUUUUGUUAUUGCGAAAUAGCCGUACUCAAUUACAGAAUUCUGGUGCUCGGGAUGAAAUGGAUAACAGUACAAACAUGCAUGGAUCAACCUUGGAUAAGUCCAUAUAUAUCGAUUCUUAUCCAAAUUUGCGGGCUUGGUACUGUCAAAACAGGUCUUGUAUAGCCUCAACGGUCUCUGGCCUCUCUAGUGGGAAUCCAGUUCAUCAGGUUGCUGAUAAGAUCUUAAACAUGAUUUUCUGGAGAAUUACAAAAAGUGGGACCAUGUCCAGUGACUCUUCCGUGCUACCGAGUAGCAGCAUUGCUAGUCCCUCAGCUAGAACUGGAGAAGAUGCUUACCAGAGACCUGUGCUCCCUGCAUGGGAGGUAUUGGAAGCCAUCCCGUUUGUUCUCGAGGCAGUUUUAACAGCUUGUGCCCAUGGAAGGCUUUCAUCACGGGACUUGACCACAGGGCUGAGGGACAUCAUUGACUUUCUGCCCGCUUCUCUUGCAGCUAUAAUUAGCUACUUUUCUGCAGAAAUCUCUCGUGGUAUAUGGAAACCGGUGCCAAUGAAUGGAACAGACUGGCCCAGUCCUGCAGCAAACCUCGUAGCAGUUGAGACUGAAAUAAAAGAUAUUCUUUCUUCUGCAGGUGUCAAUGCUCCUAGUUCUUUGUCUGGGGUUUCUCCGGCAAUGCUUCCACUGCCAAUGGCAGCUCUUGUCAGUUUGACCAUUACUUUUAAACUUGAUAAGAGUUUAGAGUUCAUCCAUGCUGUUGUUGGACCUGCCUUGGAGAACUGUGCCUCGGGUUGCCCUUGGCCUAGCAUGCCCAUUAUUAGCUCUCUUUGGGCGCAGAAGGUGCCGCGCUGGCAUGACUUCAUUGUUGUAUCUUGUUCUCGCUCUGUUUUCAGGCAAAACCCGGAAGCUGUUGCUCAGCUUUUGAGGAGUUGCUUCACCUCGUAUCUGGGAUUAUCCCAUGUUCUGGCUUUGCCAUUGGUCAGUCAAAAUGGUGUGAAUGGUCUCUUGGGCAGCUUUAUCUCAGCUCCAGGCCUUUGCCCUCGCGUUGCCCCUGGAGUUCUUUUUCUCAGAUCUUGCCGUACAAUACACCAUGUCCAAUAUCUGAAUCAUGUGAUAGUGGAGCUUGUAGCCAAUUCUUCCAGGGAAUGUGGUGUCGAAUGGGCAAGCACCAAUUUCCCCUGCCGCCGCCGCUUGAAGUCUACAGAGACAUCUUUAUCUGUUGCCAUUGCCAGAGCUAAGGAGGUAGCCACACUUGGUGCAAGCCUCUUAUGCGUUGCAGGUGGGCUCCAGCUGGUCCAGGAAUUAUACCUGGAGACCAUCCCAACCUGGUUCCUCUCCGCAAGAAGAAGAGGUGAUCACGACGAGAAGAAACAUGGUGAUGUUAAUGCUGUGUCCCGAAUACUGGAGGGAUACUCCAUGGCAUAUCUGUUGGUUUUGUCAGGGGCUUUCAUAUGGGGUGUUGGUGCCGAACCACAGUCGCAGGCAUUCUCCAGGAGAAGGUUGAGCGGGGUUGGAGUACACAUGGAUUUUGUCGUGGGAGUGUUGGAAGGGAACAUAUCGCUUGGCUGUGAUCCUGCUACUUGGAAAGCUUAUGUAUCUUGUUUAGUUGGUUUGGUAGUGAGUUUUGCUCCGGCAUGGAUUCGGGAAGUGAGGCAUGAGACGCUAAGGAAAUUGGCCACUGGAUUGAGAGGAUGGCACGAGUGUGAUCUGGCUUUAUCCCUCCUUGAAAGAGGUGGGGUUGCUGCCAUGGGAUCAGUUGUUGAACUGGUGAAUGAUGUUCUGUAAAUUUAGUUAGUCGAAUUUGAUGGCAAAUGUGAUGUUCAGUGCUCUUUUUCUUUUUCGUUCCUUUCUCUUUUGUGUCUGAUAUAACUUGGCAGUAACACACGCUCCGAUACCUGAACCAAGAGGCGUCAAAGAACUCUCAAAACAGAACACACAGUGACUAAAAUGUGGGGGGCUUAAUUUCACGAUUGAUGUAAAGGACACUUGUUUGACUGACGUACAGCAACUUGCAUCUUGCUUUA